AUGUCGAAAAGGUUAAGAUCUACUUCGUCUUCAUCUAAAGUCCAUAUCUAUGUCAUUGGUGUUCAAGUCUACGUCGGAAGCCGUCGUCGUAAGUUCAAAUCUACGUCGGAAACCAUUGCCACCACCACAGCUCAACGUCGUCUCCACCACCUUCGUCAUUGGAGUUCAUAUCUACGUCAAGAACUCCGAUGGCGCUGUUUGGUGGUCAGAUCUAUGUCGUUGGUGGUGGUUUGGAUGGUCCGACAAAAAGGGGCAUCUCCGGUGAAUAGGGUGAUCCGACAGGCUGAGGUGGUCCGACAUGUGGAUGUGUAUAUUGACCACGAUAAUGAACCUAUAUUUGAGUGGAUUGAGAAAAAAGAACCAGACAGUGAAGAACUUGAGUAUUCAGAAGAAGAUGUUGACUCUGUUUUGGAAGAUGAUGAGAACUGUGAACAUGAAUAG